AUUUUGUAGGUUAUACAUAGUUUAUAAUCACGUAAUCUAGUCUAACAUUUAAAUAGUAUAUAUAUUACCAUUAAUUUCUUUACUAUAGAACGUAUAGUAUUUUUUAAUUUUAAACAUUUAAAAACCAAUCAAGUAAUUAAUUAAUUAAUUGUCAAUUUUCCAGUCAAUUAACUGCACAAACCGGAAUAUCCCCCCUCUCCCACCUCACCAAGGUGUGACAGUACCUUAACAUUGUCGUUUUGUGUUCGUGUCAAAAAUGUUAAUAAACAUGAAUAUUUUACGAGAUUGUUUUUAAAAAUAAUAUAUUUAAGAUAACAAGUUGUACAACUAUGUUUCUCUUUAAUAUUCUGACGUGACAAUAAAAUUGUGAUUGCGUAUUCACAAUAAAUGUUUAAAAACAAAGUGUCGAAUAGCUUAUAUUAUAUUGUUUGAAAUAUAUAAGUCCGCAGUUAUUCAAAAUUCGUAGAAUUCAAGUGCAAUAAAUCGUUGUAGGUAUAAUAUUAUUGUGAUUUUUAAACAUAAAAUAAUGGAAUUGAUUCGGUGAGAACAAUAUAAUAUUGUAGAAUUUAAAAAUACAGAUAAGGAAAUGGUUAUUGAAAGUAUGAGGGUAGGAGGAGGACGAUGUCCACCACUUCUCGUAGGAGGUCUUCUCGUAGUUUGCUUAAUGCUCAUCGUCAAUUGGUACAGUCUCUCAUCCGAAAAUCUGGAUCUUCUUCGACAGCUUGACGAACUUGGGGAGCAACUUAAAAUUGGCAUAGAAGAAAGGGAUCAAUGUAUGAAUUCACGUGCGAAGUUGGAGCAACGAAACAAAAAGUCAGAUGAGGAGAAAGCUUCUCUGCAUGUUCGCAUCCUACAACAAGUGGAAUUGAAAAGGCAGAAGGAGGAUGCGGAAAUGUCUCUCACUGCCUGCAAGGCCGAAGUAUCGUCUCUCAAGGAUGUUGAUAAAACGCGACAAGCCACAAUUGAUGCGUUACAUCUGGAAAAGAAUACAACUUCCACCAAACUUACUGAGACAAAAGAGGAAAAUAAAAAAUUACAUCAAGAUUUAGACAGGUUGAAAAACGAGUUGGAAGCUGCAAAAUUAGCAAUGAACGCACCGCAGAAGACUAAAGUGUCGGAAAACGCACUGAAAGCAACUGGAGGUGAAUUAGGCAUUGGUCAAUUGGGUCCCGUCAGAAUAGGAGCAGUUGAAAUCUCACAGAAAGGUCUGGAAGCUCAAGAAAAUACAAAAGUAAAAAACAAUGUUGAGGGAGGAGGUCAAGAUUCUCAAGAUGAGGAGGAUGAGAUGAAGAAGCAAAUAAAUCACAUGAUCUCAGGUCACAAUCUUUUCGAAGAUACUGAUGACGUAGAACUCAAUAACGUAGCAGACGAAGAGAAAGAUCCAAAAUUAGUAACAAAUGAGGAAGAAAAGCAGAAAAAUCUAACAGCAUAAACGUUUUUUUUUCAAUAUUUUAAACAUUUUUUUUUUAUUUGACAAAAGCAAGAUUGAAUAUGCCAGUUAUACAUUGCAUUUUUGUUUCAGUAAUUAUUUAUAAUUCGCAGUAUUUUUUUAUAAGUUAUUUGCUCCAAGACUUAUGGCUGAUAAUUCCAAGUCUGUCCGAAAAACAAGUUUAUUUUGUAACUUUAGAAAAAAGUAAAAAAAAAAAAAAAGACAACUGAUAACUAUCCAUAUCGCUCAUAUAUGUAUAGAGAUAGAGAGAGAAAGGAGGAAAUCAUGACAAUUUUUAGAUAAAUUUAAUUAUAAUUUUACAAAUUAACCGUUUUAUAAAAAAUUUCAGGAAUUUACAAUCUUGAAAAAUGUUUAGACUAGAUGAGAAUGUACGUUUGUAUAAAUAAAAAGGGGUAAAACUUGAAA